AUGCCACAUCGUUAUCGUAGAACAUCGCAUGGAAUUGUUGCAACAGAAGGUGAAAAAAUGGAAAUUUUGGGUGAAAAUGCUGUAAAAGCAUUCGAAGAUAAUCGAAAAGCAUUUAUUGAAAUUAUGCGUGAAAUUAGAAAAAAAAAUCCACAAAUUGAUCCAAGCAAAUUACAAAAGCAAGCAGAAUAUGAAAUGAUUAGUCGUGGUCCAAAAUCAAGGGCAUUUUAUAGGGUGCAAGCAACCAGACGAUUAAUUGGUGGUGGACAUGUGAUAAGGAACCAACUAAAUAAAGAGAAUCGUGAAUGUGCUAUUGCUCAAGUGCAAGAGAAACAAUUUCGAGAAAAUACCUGCAAAAUAUUCUUUGAUCCAGCUCAUUAUACUGUACUUGAAAGUGUUGGAACAUUUGAUGUAAUUAUUGGCCGAGAUGGUGGACCUAAAGGAUUAACAGUUAUGGUUGAUUAUUGCACCGAGGAUGGUACCGCUAAUGCUGGAAAUGAUUAUAUUCCAGUUAAAGGGACAUUAAUUUUUCGUCCAGAAGAUAAAAUACAAGUUAAUAAUUUUAUAAAAAUUUUGGAUGACGAUGUUUUUGAAGAAGAUGAACACUUUUAUUUGCACUUGAAUAAUUUAAGAGUAUGUACUGAGGAUGGUUUAAUAUUGGAUCCAUUAAAGCUUGGUGGUAUACCAUUAGCAACCUUGGAACUACCUUCUACUGCUACCGUUAUGAUACUUAAUGAUGAUCAUGCUGGUAUAUUUUCAUUUGAACAUGAUCAUUUUGAAAUUAUUGAAAAUUGUGGUUAUUUGUUACUUAAAAUACAGCGUACGUCAGGAUGCCGUGGUAGAAUACUUGUACCAUAUAGAGCAAUUGAUGGUACUGCAUUACGUGGAAAGCAUUAUGAAUUUGAAGAAGGUGAAGUUAUUUUUGAAGAUAAUCAAACUGAAGCAUUCAUUGAAAUUGGCAUAACAAAUACUGAGCAAUAUGAAAGGAUGGAUUAUUUUUUUAUCAUUCUUGAUCAACCAAUUUGGAUCAAAAAGAUGUCAGAUUUGAAAAAAAUUCAAGAACGUUUUUUGAAGCGAAUUGAAAGAAAGAAAAAUGAAUCAUUGAAUAGUUUAAAUAGAAAGAAUGAAUCAUUUGAUUGUGAUGAUAAAAAUUUAACAACAACAACAACAACAACAACAAUAACAACAACAACGCCAACAGUACCACCCGUUGGUUUUAUUCAUACUUCAUCAUCAUCUCCAAAUCUUUUUCAUCUUUCCAACCUUUUCAAACGACGGAUGAGUUCUUGGAUGACUAACAAUCGAGAUGAAGAUUUCAAUGAAAAAGAAGAAAAGUUGACAAAAGAGGAACUUGAAAUUGCUGAAUUAGGAAAGCCAUGUCUGGGAAAAUUCAAACAAUGUCAAAUUACUAUCAAAGAAAGCCGAGAAUUUCGAAGUGUAAUCGAUCGUAUGCUACGAAAUGCUAAUGCAUCAUUUAUGCUUGGCACAACAAAUUGGCGUGAACAAUUCAUUGAUGCUUUAACUGUUCAUGCUGGUUUUGAAGACGAGAAAAAUAUCAGUGAGGAACAGAUGAAUAAAGAAGAUGGAAAAUUAAAACCACGAUUUUUUGAUUAUUUCAUGCAUUUCUUAUCAUUACCAUGGAAAUUAUUAUUUGCAACAAUACCACCAACAGAUUAUUGGGAUGGUUGGGCAUGUUUCAUCGUAUCAAUUAUUUUAAUUGGUACACUGACAGCUAUUAUCGGUGAUUUAGCGUCACAGUUUGGAUGUUGGAUUGGUCUAAAGGAUGCUGUCACAGCUAUUUCAUUUGUCGCACUUGGCACAUCAAUUCCAGAUACAUUUGCAUCGAAAGUAGCAGCAAUUCAAGAUAAAUAUGCUGACUCAUCAAUUGGUAAUGUUACUGGUUCAAAUGGUGUAAAUGUAUUUCUGGGAAUUGGAAUAGCAUGGACAAUGGCAGCAGUUUAUCAUCGAUUGCAUGGUGAUAAUUUUUACGUUGAACCAGGAACACUUGCAUUUUCGGUGACAAUAUAUUGUAUAGAGGCAUUAAUCUGUAUUGCAGUGAUUAUCAUAAGACGACGUCCUCCAAUUGGAGGUGAAUUAGGUGGACCUAUGAAAUAUAAGGUGCUAACAUCAGGUUUAUUUGUUACUCUUUGGCUUACUUACCUCGGUCUUUCUGCUCUCGAAUCAUACAAUGUCAUUUCUGGUUUUUAG